AUUGACACUUGACAGUCGGUAAACAAUACAAUAAGCCAUAAACAAACGAAACGCAAAUGCGGGCUUCCAUCGAGCGUUUCUUUAAUUAUUUGAAUCAAACAUGAAACUGAUAUCAUUAGUGAAUCAUAUUCUCUGAAAUCCAUCGGUCUUGCAUCAUAAUCGGCAGUGAAACGGCAGCACAUCUUGGGCCCAUUACCAUUGAUUUUGAGCCUGGCAAGAAUCUCAAGAAAUAAUUGAAAAUGUUGCGUAAAAAGAUGAAACUCACAAAUGAACAUGAAACUGCCAGUACUGCAAAUGCUGAUUUCAAUGCUUAUCAGUAUCAUCAACCAAACUAUCCAAAACCACCGGCAUCAUUUUCUAAUUUCUACUAUCCAUAUAUGCCGCCGUACGAUAACGGCUUAUCUUACGAUGUCGGCAUAUCACGAUUCUUCCCAAUACCGCCCGGUUACAUUCCGCCCGGGCAGGUUUCCAUGCCUCCAGUGCCACAGGUUCCUGUCUCAGUGCCACCAGUCCCAGUGCCACAAAUGCAAGUGCCACCCAGAAGUGUUGCUUCGAUGAUGCCGCUCCAGAGAUCCAUCCCGACAAGCGACAGCUUUUUGCAAAUCGAGCAAACGCUCAACAUGAAUCUGGCGUCGCUGCAGUAUCAGCACCCAGUCAGCUAUGUCUAUAAUCCCGUUGAGUACGCCUACAAUGCCCACGCGGCGUUCGUCAGGAAGUAUUGCAACGUGGAGAAACGGGUGCUACUGCUCGGCAUGAAUCCGGGCCCACACGGUAUGUGCCAGACGGGCAUACCGUUCGGCAAUACUGACGUGUGCAAGGAGUGGUUUAAUAUCGACAUGCCGAUCGGGCAGCCGCCGGUGGCGUGUCCCAACAAAAAAGUCGUCGGCUUCGAGUACCAUCGACAGGAAAUCAGCGGCAAGCGGCUGUGGACGGUCUUCAAAGAUCUCUGCGGCAGCGCCGAGAACUUCUUUCGCUACUCAUACAUUCAUAAUUAUUGUCCGCUUGCGUUUUUCGAUGAGAAAGGGAAGAAUAUUACGCCUUCAGAUCUGCGGGGUCAAUUCAAGAAAAACUUGGAAGAACACUGCGAUCGAGCGCUCUAUUCGAUAAUUCAGCUGCUGAAGUCGGAAAUCAUCAUCGCGAUUGGUUCCUACGCGGAGCAGCGCGUCCUCAGCUGUCUGCGUAACAACAACCCGCUGGGCACGCGGGUCGUGCGUCUACCUCACCCCAGCCCCAUGGCAAAGAAUAACCAGAACUGGGUCGACAAGGCACCGGGCGUGCUGCGCGACAUCGGCGUCAUCCAGUACUUCACCAAGUAA